CCUCACACUGCGCACGCAUUGAUCGUCAUGGUGAUGUCAACAUCAUGGCGGCAGAACGAAAUCAUUUUUGAGAUGCAUUCUGCCUAAACGUUCACUCGCACAACAGCUAUUUAUGAUUGAAUCAAACAAAUUUUUCAUGGUGGAAGAUCACUGACACCUUCAAGAUGUCUCGUGCACAGGCAGAGAGUGUCAUUAAGAACAUCAUCCGAGAAAUAGCACAAGAAUGUGCCAGCAAGGGACAGGCUGUCUCCGAAACACUUGUUGCUUUUAUGGUGAAAGCAGUUGUGUUGGAUCCUUCAAACGAAUUCAACGUUGACCGGACAUUGACCAAAGAAGAUGUUCAGAAACUCAUCAAGUUAUGUGUUGACUCCUUGAUGGACAACCGGUCCCCGUCCCUUGACACUGUGAAGAUGCAGGUGUACUUCGACAUGAACUACACAACAAGAUCUGACUUCCUGGAGGAACAUCGUCGUGUCCUUGAAUCUCGCCUUCAGCCAGUCAUCAGGGAGAUCACAGACAGCCGAGCCAGGACGCGGGAAGAACUGGAGAGUCUGUAUCGGAAGAUUGUCUCUGCCGUUCUCCUCCGAUCUGGUCUGGGGAGCCCCACAGACAUCGCUGUCGUCAGAGAGGCCACAGCUGCCCUGCAGAGUGUGUUUCCUCAGACUGAGCUGGGCACGUUCAUGUCACUGACCAAGAGAGACAAGGAAAGACAACUCCUGGAGCUGACGAUGAUAGUAACUGGAAUCCGACUGUUUAACAAGGAGUGCGGGAAGGGUGGAGAAGGCAUUGAUGACUUGCCGGCAAUCCUUAAUGAAGCUGUCCCUGCUACGACUCAAAGUGUGGACACAGAGAUCCAGGGGACUCUCAAAUGUGCCUACGAGUACACAGCUCUGAUUGAACACAUUUACCACAAUGAGGGAUUUGAUGGCCCAUCCCUGCAGCUGCUGAAGGAGGCUCUCAUCAACACUCGCCAACAUGAAGCCUUCCUCCGGGUCAUACUGAAUGACGUCAUUAGCUGUGCCCACCAGGUGGAGCAGCUGGAGAAUCAGCUGGCACAGCGUAUGGAACAGCUGCAGGCAACUGUGCAGUCCAAGACAGCUGUGCCCACAGCACAAGUUUAUCCCCAGUUCAUCCAUCUGGCCCAGCUGUGGAGCGGCUUCCAGGACGAGAUGGUCCUCCUCAGCGUGCUAAGCAACAUCCUCGCCAGCUUGGAGCCCUUCACUAGGGGUCACAAGGAACUAUUCAGUGAUGAGAUUCUCAACCCCUACCUGGAGAAUCUCACCAUCCCGAGCGAUGAGGAGCGGAUCAAGCAGACCUCUACCGAUGAGCAGAGAAUCAACCCAAAGGACUAUCAGGUAGAGUCGUAUGACUGGCUCUUCCCUGAAACCACCAAGAACUUCAACAAACUACCUUUACAAUAUCGGGGCUACUGUGCAUUAUCCCUGGCCAAGUAUGACCGUCUGCUCAUCCCCUCCAACCCAGAGAUCGGUGUCCUGAGAUUCAGAGAUCAUCACUACGCUUUCUCCAGCAGAGAGGCAGCCUAUGAGUUUGCUCAGAACCCAGCUGCAUACAUCCAGCUUGUUGCUGAAGGAGCCAAGAGAAGCCCAGAGCUGAUACAACUCCUAGAACUCCAUACACAGUUCUCCACUAUCUCACCAUACUCACAGGGCAGAGAUACAGGGAAGAUGAUCGAGAAGCCCGUCACAAAGAACGACAGUGGGACACAGACGGACACUCACUUCAUGGAGUCCAACAUCGUCAAGACAUACGAGUGGAAUGAAUGGGAACUCAGGAGAAAGGCGAUCAAACUGUCCAACCUCAGCAACUUGAGGACCAAAGUCUAGCCAAAGUAAGUCUCCAUGCAGAAACCGCUUAAGUAAAACCUCAGCA